UUAAAAAUCUGGUAAUAUUUUAUAAACGUCAUUUUUCAAAUAAACUACCGCCUGCAAUAACAAAAUCAAUAUACAAAAGAAAAUAUCACAAAUUAUAAGAAAAAUCAUGUAUUCGGAUAAAUGUUUAAUUAGUAAAAUGCUAAAUGAGCUAAAGACCACACGCAAUUCUCAAAGAACCCAGACAGCCGCCAUUACAGAUGUCUUGGACAAGUCUAAUAAUGCUUUAUUGCAGAUAGAAGCCUCCAGAAGUCUUAAACCAGCAACAAGCGAUAAUAAUUCUACUCCCUACACCUAUAAUAAAGAAACCGUGAAUGCCUUGACCCGUAUUGUGGACAAAUUUAUGAAUUUAUUGAAUGGCUGUGGUCCAGCCAACGAGCGGCGUAAUUUUGAAGAGUAUUUAGAAGCGGCCGAGCAAAGGUCAGAGUUUUUGGGCUGUAACAUAAUAAAAUUAUUGGCCAUAUGGGAUACUAUACAACAAAUGCGUGUUGAGCUGGAAAACCUAGAACUUGAGAUCAAUAACGCUUAUGAUCUUGAGGAAGAAGAUUGUUUUUAGUUCUUAACAUUUUAUUUCUAUGUAUUUCAAUAAAUUAAUUUAUAUUAAAAUUA